AUGGGUUCAGGAUCAAGCGCCCAGUGUAAAGUCCGGCAGUGUUCUCAGUGUCAGUUGGACACAGAAUUCUACUGUAACACGUGUAAACACGAUUUGUGUCUACAGUGUAAAGAGAGACAUGUUAUUGAUUUAGAUACCAUGUACCAUGAUGUUGUGGUUUUCCGAGAAAAACAUGACUAUAUUCAAAAACAAGAGACUUGUGUGAGACAUACAGACAAAAGUUAUAGAAAGUACUGUCAGUCUUGUGAACUUCCUGUCUGUGUCAAAUGUAUAGGACACAGAAAACACAAAAUAUUGGACAUAAGAUUAGCCUAUGAAGCAAAUCUACGUCGGUGUAAAGAAAUCCUUAAUAUAAUUAGAAAUGAGUCUUUAUAUAACAGCUGUUUUCUCCUGACAGAAAUCAAAACUGAUCGAAAAACUUUUUGCAAAGAAAUCUCCAACGGUCAAAACAAGAUGUCAACAAAAGCCCAAAGGUUGAAGGACUGCAUUGACACAGCGAUAUGUGAUGUUAAAUUUGGACGUAAAAGAUUUAUUUAUAGAUUGCAACGGCAAAUCCGAAUAAUGAACCGUCACCUUGGGAUGUUAGAGAACUAUGAACACAGAUAUGAACACUCAGCAAACAGGCCGGUAGAAUUUUUCUUGUUCUUGAAGAAAAUGUGUUUCCAUAGAAAAGCAGACACUAAUAAUCUUCCAAAACACGCCCUGCUCCCCCUUUGUGAAAAAAUAAACACUGAUGACGUGAUUACGUUACUGGGUCGAAUCCAACUGAUAGAGACAAGAAAAAGAGAAGUAAAAGAUGAAUGUCUUCUGAAACUGAUAUCUACACCCGUGUUACAUAGAACUGUGGGAGUGACAGGAACUAGGGCUAUAACACACAUAUCACAUGUGACAUCUGACCAAAUCUGGAUCAGUGAUAAAAACAAUCUCAUCUUGACAAACAUAGAAGGUGAUGAACUACAUCGUUUGACAGAUAUAUGUAGAUAUAACUGGAGUUGUGGUCUACACACAGUAAACACUACAGGUGAUCUUAUCUAUAUUGACGAGGGUUAUAACAUCAAAAAACUGUCUAAAGAUAAUAGAUUAAAAUCUUCGAUGGUAAAAACAAAACCCUGGGUGCCACGUUGUGUCUACUGGUCCCCCUCAACCGGAGACCUACUAGUCGCUAUGUUUAAUUCUGAUACGAAGACAGCACAGUUAAACCGUUACAAUAACAAACAAGAACACAUACAGACAAUACAGCAUGACCACACAGGUCAGGAAUUGUAUAAAGGACCUGUAUACAUAACAGAGAACAGCAAUGGAGAUGUUAUUGUCUCUGACUAUUACCGUGGUGUAGUGGUGACAGAUUAUGAAGGAAGAUAUCGCUUCACCUACACAGGACCCCCAUCAGGAUCACGACUUUAUCCACAAGGAGCCUGUACAAACUCCUUAUCGCACAUCCUGGUAUGUGAUUGGUACACCAACACAGUACAGAUGAUUGACAAAGAAGGUCACUUUCUAACACUGAUACAGACACAACAACAAGAUAUACACAGACCACGGAGUCUGAGUUAUGAUGACAAAACUCGCCUCCUAUGGGUUGGAUCAGGCAGUGACAAUACAAUUUAUGCAUACAGAUGCAUAGAGAGAAAACUUUCUGACAACAAAUUGUAUUUAAAUUAA